AUGGCGGAGGCGGACGAAAGAAGAGUUCUUUCAUUAUUUGUUAUCGAUGCUUUUACAAGUAAGCCUUUCAGUGGAAAUCCAGCUGCGGUUUGUCUUGUAGGAUCAAAGGUGAGGUUUAGUCUUUUGAGUUAGAGAAUGCGAGGGAGGCUGCAGCGAGGGUAAAUCUUGUCUCAGGUUUGGCAGGCGGUAACAGUUGCUUCGCGUAUUGAGAUAAAUAAUUGAAAUAAAUGCGAACCUUCAGUCUUGUUGACGCUGAUGUUAGGGAUAAUUUGAACGGUGUGAAUUAUAACGGUUGGCUUUGUAGUAAGAAACAGAGAGGAAAAAUAGAGUGUCUUUUUCAGCUCAUAUGAAUUAUGCCCCCGUCAAUGGAAAACUCUGCACCCCCAUACCCACGGACGCUGGGGGGCAUGGUGGGGGAGCAUUAGACCAGGGCUGCCUUCUAAAUGUCAAUGAAGCGAAUUCCCUGCUGUUUGGGUCUAUUUCUUGCAUCCAGACCUCAUUUUUGUCCCUGCCCAGGGUUUUUUUAAAGAGUCUGAAAGGAGUUGUGGUGGUAGUUGGGGAAGCGGGAGUAGGCGUUGAUACCUCUAUGAAUGGGGGUAGAAAUGCUUAUAAUCAGGAAAUUUUAAACUAAACCCCUAUUGGGAAUCUGGGCAUGUCAUGCUUUGUUUGAACCCUAAAAGAUUAAAGGAUACCAUUUCGAAUCAGUUUGGCAAAAUGCCUCACUAUAGACCUUUUCACAGUUUUUUCAACUUUUUAUAUGGACAAGUUCAGAAAAAUCCGUCGACACCCCUGAAAAGAGCGUGUUAAAAUUAUUAAACUUGCUAAAUUUGAAAGUGAUACAUCUUAAGUGAGCCAAGAAAUAGCUCCGCAAAGUUACGAAAAUUUUCCGUUGUUUGUAUGUUGGGGGGCAAGUUUUGAGCCCCCCCCCCAUACAAAUGUCUGUGAAAUUUCAUGAAUUUAAGGAGCUAUUUCUUCACUAUUUUUCAACAAAUCACUUUCAAACUUGGCAAUUUUAUUAAUUUUAAGGUGCUCUUUUCAGUGGUGUUGAGAGAUUUUCCCGAACUUGUCCAUGUCAAAAGGUGAAAAAAACCGUGAAAAGGUCUAUUGACGUAGGCUGUGGUUGUUCAAAUGCUGGAUAGUGUUAUCCACCAGGCCACAAUUGUUCAAACGUUGGAUAGCGCUAUCCAGCGGAUAAGUAAUAGGGAAACCAAUUGCGCUAUCCAUUGGAUAGAUUUUUAUCCUGUGGAUAGCGCUUUCCAACGUUUGAACAAUCGCAGCCAGAUAAAUCACUAUCCAAUGGCUAAGUAUUAUGGAAACCAGUAUUGCUAUAUCCACUGAAUAGAGAUUUGUUGGAUAGCUCUAUCCGCUUUUUGAACAGCUGGGACCUGCACUACCCAAGUGUGGGGCUUGGAGAUGCAUUGGUUUCCGCUGGCAGUGGCAAAAAGACAUUUAACACUAUGACUAGUCCAAAAAACUAUACAGUGCAAAGAUAGUGGAAGGCUUGUAGCAUUAUAUCUUCUGAAUGAAGAACAAGAUUUUAUUUGGUCUUUUAGAUGUAACACGUCAAUAAAACUUUGAUUUAUCCCUUUCCUCUCACAGCACCUAAGUGAUCAAGUGUUACAAAAGAUUGCACAGGAAAUGAACUUGUCAAAUACAGGCUUCAUUUUGGAAAAAAAUAGUCAAGAUACUUACAGUCAAGGUAAGCAAACUAGAAAUACCAUUCAAUUGUUAAUUGGUAUUAAAAUUGGAUGGCUGAGAGUCAACAACUGGUUUUGAUCCAACAUCAUUUUCUGCAAAAAAAAUUAUUUAGCCAAAAACCAGGAGCAAGGUUCAAGAGCAGAGUGUUCAAGACUCAAAUAUUAUCACCCCACAUGUACACCUGGCUGACUCCUGCUGUGUUCAGUUUUAAAAUGCUUGUUAUUCAAGCUGAUUCAGAAAUUUUGUCGGUGCCCUUGCAGGCUUCUUAUUCUUUCAGGAAAUCAUCAUGUUUUAUACAUGAAAUCAAAUCCAGAUCAUCUUGAUUAUCUCUACAGUUUCAGCAAUGAUCUUGUUGCUCAGGACGAUCAAACCAUAGUACAUAACCAUGCCUUUAAGAAAAAGCCCCUUGGGUUUAAAGACCACAGGGCUUGUGCAAUUUUUGACCAUAUAUAAUUGCCUUGCAAGGCAGAUGUCUGUGGAUGUUGAAUAUGGUACAUUGUUUUGAUAGGUACUUGUUUUGGUCUGCGCUGGUUCACUCCAACAUGUGAAGUUCCACUGUGUGGACAUGCAACGCUGGCAUCAGCUGCAGUUUUGUUCAACUGCUUAGGUGAAUGAAUAUAUACCAUACAUCUGCCAGCUCCUCCCUUCCAAAUCACUUUUUUCCCUCUUGAGACUUGAGGCUUUGAAAACAAUCUUGUAAUCAGUGGUAAAGGCUCAUAGAAAUGGCUUUUUUCACAAGCCAAAACUGAAAUUUUUGUAAAACUAUUUUAGUUUUGGCUCAUAGGGGACUUAUUGGUUACCUGUCAAAAUUAUACUGAAAUGUUUGUGCAUGUCGGGAAAACUAUUUUAGUUUUGGCUCAGAAACCAGAAAUUGCAGAUGCUAAAUAUUCCUUUAUUUAGAACUGCUACUUUUUAUUGUCUGGUGCCAUGUUUUAGGAAUAAGCUGCAGACAAAUUUAAGAGGGAGGAAUGAUAUCCUAAUGUUUGAAAAAAUCCCAUGUCUCUUUGUCUGAGGGCAGUUAAAUGCCAUGAAAUCUGAUUAUCAUUAGUUGUGAUAUGUCUUGCUGUCUCCAGGUUUUUACUGAAAAAUGUAAGGUUCUGGCCUCAGUUCCAAGGUUUCUUUAGAUGCUCAAGAGGUGAUGUUGUAAGGUCUGAAUAGAGCACCAUGCUGCCAGCAUCAAAUUUUGAAUUAGAAAAUUUUUAUUUUCAGAACAUGAGGCCAAAUAAAUGUUGUUUAAUUUAACGCAUUUUGCUUUACUUCAGGUAAUCCCAACAAAGAAGUAACCUUUGAAACAUUGAGUGGAAAUUUAAAAGCUAGAAAAGAAGGUACACAGUGUCUUUUGUUAGGUAAAAUUAAUUUAGUUCCCUUGGCUCUGCUAUGCAGUCCAACCCCUUACCCUUUCACAUACCAUUUUUGACAGGAAAAGUACCCGUUUUGAAUACCUUUUAUUGACAAAAUGGUUUCCUUUUCACAUACCUAGUUAAGAACCAUGCAUCUCUUUUAAAUGAAUAACAAAUAAUGAUUUGGAGGUAGCACAUCCACAAAGUGGUUCUUCGUCUACCUGAUUCCCAGUCGAAUUGGAAUUUGGAAAUGCUGGUUUUUGAAGAGAGGGGAAAACCGGAUUACCCGGAGAAAAACCUCUUGGAGCAAAGGAGAGAACCAACAACAAACUCAGCCCACAUAUGGCGUCGAUGUCGGGAUUUGAGCGCAGGCCACACUGGUAGGAGGCGAGCACUCUCACCACUGUGCCAUCCCUUGCUCCCUGUUACUGCUGUAACUGUGCUGUCUUUAACAUAUGAAUAAAUCACAGAGCUAGAACAUUUUCUUGACUUUGCACAACCAUAGAAGGCAUCUGUUAGGUGUUUCCAGCCUUUUUGCAGACUGAAAUGACAGUUUUCCCUACCUGUUGAUAUACUUUAACUUGUGAAGAGCCUCCUGUAUAGGCUGUUAUAGGGAGUAUUCCCCUGGUAUAUGUUAGCUCAUCAUAAAUCACUGCCUUGCAAAAUAAUUAUAUCCAGCAGCUUUUAAAUGUUGUUGUAUAUGCAGGGCUUAAUUUUAUUCAUGUUAUCUUUUUUUUGGUCUUGGGCAUGGUAAAGUAUAAUAAUGACAUUUUAACCAAGCAUAAAAUUGCAAGACAAUUUAAAUAUAUCAUGGCAAAUAAACUCACUAUUUACUCAGUGGUAGAUGACACUGACCAUACUAAGGACGCUUUCAAAAGUCGAAACUGGCCAGCCAGACCUUGGCCGGACCAGUCAUUUUGAGCUGAAUGAAGCAGGCUUUUUCCAAAGGGUUUUUGCUGAAAAUCCAUCUUCUUCGUAGAUAGUGUUCAGGACCAGAUUGAUCUAACUUGAUAGUUUUGAUUUAAAGUGAAAUUCUCCUUAUGACAGGAAUGACCUGGCUGGUCAGUUCUGACAAAUGGAAAGCGCCUGAAGAUUCUAUUAUUUUUGUAUAUUUGUAUUAGGUUCGUCAAUAUGCUUAGAUUUUCCACUCAACCCUUGUGAACCAUGGCCGCUGUCUGGGGUAAGAUGAUGUUAUGUGGAAGUUAAAUAAUAAUUCUUUGCCUCAAAGAGCUUUUUUAACAAUAAGGGGUCUCAUGGUUAGGGGCAGCUCCUCUUCCUCCUAUAGGCUAGCUACUGUUGUGGAAGAACAUUGUUCCAAGAUAACAUAAUCUCUUUUGCACGUACUGCGUGCCUAUUUGACAAUUUAUUAACCGCAUGAAAGUGAGGCUGUGGCAUCCUUCUCUGAUGUCCACUAACUUGCAGAUUACGUUCUCUACCAAAAACAGACUUGAGCUAUAGAUAAAUGGGUUCAGGCAGUUUAGAUGUUUUGACAAAAAUGGCUAUUUUGUUAACAUACCUCAAUCACCCAUUACUGCCUGCGUGGAACCACGUCCCUUUUACCACUUGUCACAUCUUUUGAUGAUCAACAAUUUUUUUUUCUAGCAAUCCGGUGGGCAGGAUAUUUCUUUCCCUUUUUUCCCAUAAGCUUUCUAUUACAUUUGUGCUGCAUGCAAUUUUUUUCUUCCGACAAGCGCUGGCAGGAAUUUUUUUUUUAAAUCCCCCACCCCCCCCGCCCCUACCUCAAGAGUUAAAUGGUCGGCCCCUUAGACAUGAAAGUGUUGGAAUUCAUGUCUUAUUCCAUAAUAUGUUUCAUAUUUUUGUUAGGAAGAUCCAUCAAUUACAAAACUUAUCAGAGCAGGUGUGUUUUAAGCCAUCAAUGCCUCCUUUUGUUUGUUUUUGAGUUUCCUUGAUUUCAUGUUCAAGUGUCCCAAAAGCUAUUUCUCUCGCAACAAGAAAGCUGCUGUUGUAUUAAGCUGUCAAAUGCGCAAAACGUGUUAGUGGAAAAGACCCUAUCCACGGUUUUUUCAACUUGUUUACAGACUGGAACCAGUUACCAAAAAUCUGUCAACGCGGCUGGAAAGAACGCUUUGAAAUCACUAACACUGCCGUAUUUCAAAGUGGUUUGUUCCUACUGGAAACUAACGGAGAUAUAGCUCCGCAAACUGGCGGAAUUUUUACAGACGUCGGGGCACAUACAAAUCGCGACUUUGUGGAGAUCGUGGAAGGGUCUAUUGAGGAAAUCCUUAAGUUUGACCAAUUAUGUAAAAGUUACUGAGCCGUACUUUGCCGUGGUACUGUUUAUUAUGCCGCACAAGGUGGUUUCAACUUUUAAUUCUAUCGUGUGUCGUUGUUGUCUUCUACUCUUGUUUCAUUUACGCUGUUGAGAUGAAAUCCUUCCCCAAUCCGAUACUGCGAGAACAUUAAUUCUCUGCAAGCUGCGCCUGCGCAUCUCGGCUUGUUCACAUGCUAAGUAAUUUCUACCCUGUGAACAGAGUCUCCAUCGUUCUUAGGAAAGAUCAAAGCGACUCUGCUAGCAGGGUAAAUAAUUUCCUGUCUUUCGUUAUAUUUCAUUUUAGUUGUGGGAGACCUCGCAGUAAAGGAAGUGGAAUACAAUAAAACGACCAACAACCUUUUGCUGUGUCUGCAACCUUCUUUGACAAGGUUAGAAAAUUGUUAGAUUGACUUUAUUCAGCAAGGACUGUGGGAACGAGACUACCAAGCACUCCAGUUAGAGAUAUAAAUGCGAUACGAAGUGCAGAAUGUUUGUGAAAGUGUUGGCAAAUGAGCAGAAAUAAUCGGAGAUUCCCCGGGCCGAGUUUAAUGAAAGGUGGAUAAAGCUAUCAGCUAGAUAAAUCUCUAUCCACUGGAUGACGCAGUUGGUGUCCCUAGUAUUUAUCCUUUAGAAAGUGAUUUAUUCGGUAGAUAGUACUUUCCAACGUUUGAACAACCGGGGCUUGGAUUCUAACGUGAACAGUACUUGUCAAGUUUUUAUGUUUUUCUACAGGAAGGAUUUGGAAGAUUUUUGCCCAGACUUCCAAGCAAUGACGUCAGCCCACUCGGCGGGGAUUGUCCGCGGGGUAAUUGUAACACUUCAGGGGACUGAGUCAAAUGGCUGUGUGGACACAACUGGAGACGUCUUCGACUUCAUUUCACGAUAUUUCGCUCCAUGGCGUGGUGUCCCUGAGGAUCCAGUUACAGGUGAGUGAAGGGUCAAAUGACCCUCUUGCCACAGGUAUCCCACUACGCUAACGCCAGUGUCAGUUAGACUGGAGACGAGACACAAUGGCGUGAAAAAUGACGUCAGUGUCAUACUAAGGAUGUUAGUAAGUAUCGAGCUCGAACUGGAUCGAUUCUUGAAACGGGUAUUGGCGUACCGCCAUUGAUUAGCUUUCCGAAAAAAAUAAUUCAGUGUAGACUAAAUUUAAGUUUACAUGAGAGGAAUUUCUAAUGUAGUUGAGAAGUGUUCAGGAAAAUUCUACGCUGCGUGGUGUUUCGCCUGCUUACAAUUUGACAGCAUUCUCGACUCGAAAUCUUUUGAAUACUUCAGCCCACGCGCUGAAUCGAGGAGGUAUUGUAAUUGAAAAAAUUUUAUAAUUUGUUUACCCACGGUCACGUAGCCUGCGUUGCAGCCGGCCCACGCACUCCUCUAAACCAUUUGUAUAUUCCGCAGACGCUUUAUACAGAAGGUUUAGAGUGUCUGGGACGCAGGCAAGGUCCACGGAGCACUUAGGAGUUCUUAAGAAGUGGUUAAAACGUGCCCGUGCGUUCCAGAUCGAAUUGGAAUUUGGAUGUGUUGGUUUUUAAGGGGAGCGGAAACCGGAGUACACGGAGAAAAACCUCUCGGAGCAAAGGAGAGAAUCAACAGCAAACGGGAUCGACGCCGAGAUUCGAACCCAGGCCACAUUAGCGGAAGGCGAUUGCUCUAACCACUGCAAUAUCCUUGCUCCCCAAAUGGAAUCAAGAAUGCUGUAGCGUGGAGACGUGCUCACUCCAUUCCUCUUGAUCCUACAGAUGCUUUUUCUUUAACUCCGCAUGUUUUAUUUAGGGUCAGCGCACACAGUUCUUGCCAGUUACUGGUCAACAAGAUUAAAGAAAACUGAUCUUUAUGGUGAGUUUUUACGAGUACAGAUUACUAGAAGUCCGUUGCACUGCAUUCGGGACGAUUCUUAUUGCAAGGAAAAUGACGAGCUAAAGUGAUCUAGGCUGCGUAGAAUGCUACUGGCGAUGUGUCAUCGUUGCGCGCUUUGUCGCAGUGUGACGACCUGCAGUGUGAGGAGAGAGGUGGCUCUUCUCCCCUCCACAGAGGCUUCUUUGUUUCGUAGCGAGGGUAGGGAGGGUAGGGAGGGUAGGGAGGGUAGGGAGGGUAGGGAGGGUAGGGAGAAGGAAAAAAGAAGGCGCGAGAUGCAAUUUGCAAUCGGCUUUUGUUUUUAGAAUGAGCAAACACUGGACUUACUUGUCCCGUGUCCUCCCUAUAGGGUGUUUGCCUUAAAGGGUUGGGAAGGGUUUUGUGCCAUAUUGGUUUAGUUGGCUAUGCAGCACGUCCGCCUCAUAGAAGUGGUGCUUACGGAACAGGACGGCAGAAAGAAGAGGACCGCAAAACGUUUGUGUGUGACAAACGUGACAAGGCUAUUCCUUGUGUGUUUUGUCGUGAUCUUUACUUAUUAUUGUGUUCUUGUCCUGUUUAAAGGAGAGUGAAGUUUGGCAGAAAACUUUCAAAUAUUAUUGUCGCGCUUUACACUCUAGUUUUGCCGUCUUCUUUCCUUUGACGUCCUUUUGCCAAAGUUCAAUAAUGUGCCUCAAAGUUGGCGUUACAGAUUUCUGCCGCACAAUGGUUUCCGUCACUUUACGGAUAUUUCUAACGCUCAUAAAAUAGUUUAAUAGCCUCGUUUAUUUUAUUGUCACAGCUCGUCAGUGCUCUUCACGUGGUGGGGAGCUAACUAUUCACGUGCGGGAAGACAACAGAGUUGAUAUUACAGGACAAGUGGUGCUAGUUUUACAAGGAAGUCUUUACGUGUGA